GGGAAGUAACGUGACCCGUUUGUUUCCCCGGCGCCACGUCUUAUCAUCACAAAAUGCUGCUCAAGCUUGGUUCUUUGUUCUUGGGUAUCUUGCUUUCUUUCGUCUUUCUUUCCGGUGCAGUCGCCGCCGCCGACUCUGCGCCUAAGACGGGCCCAAAAAUUACUAGCGUUGUUUAUUUCGAUAUUGAACAUGGUGGAAAGUCAUUGGGUCGCGUCACUAUGGGCUUGUUUGGUGGCACUGUCCCAAAAACCGCUGAGAACUUCCGCGCUUUGGUGACCCAGACUAAGAAAGAUGGAACGAAGAUUGAUUACGGUUACAAAGGAUCCAAAUUUCACCGUGUAAUCAAGGACUUCAUGAUUCAAGGCGGUGACUUCACCCGCGGCGAUGGCACUGGUGGCAAAUCUAUCUAUGGUGCCAAGUUCCCGGAUGAGAAUUUCAAGUUGAAGCAUACCGGACCCGGUCUUCUCUCUAUGGCUAACUCAGGAAAGGAUACAAAUGGCUCUCAAUUCUUCAUCACUACCGUCAAGACCAGCUGGUUAGAUGGCCGUCAUGUUGUUUUCGGGAAAGUCCUUAGUGGGAUGGAAGUCGUCCACGCAAUCGAAAAUGCACCGAAAGAUGGCCAGGACAGACCCACAGAUGAGGCUGUUAUCGUGGCUUGUGGCGAGCUUCCUGUUCCUGAGCAAACUGAUGAGGACGGCAAUAAGGUGCCUCUUCGUGCCGAACUCUAAUUCGUGAUCAAUUGUUGAUUACCUUGUAUCCCCAAAAUUCAUAAUCAUGCGACAUCUGUCACUGUGUCUGCCCCAUCAUCCGGGGAGAAAGUCGCCAUUCCAGAGGGCCGAAAACUGAUUUUCCGUGUUCUCGUCAUUGUUGCUCUUCUGUUCCUAGGAGUUGUUUGCUGGAGAUUUCACCGUGUCGUUGUGGCAAGGCCAAGGCUAUUUGGUUUCAAGAGACCAGGAA